UGUAAGCUUUGACCGUGUUCGGUGGACCCCAACAAUCGCACCUGUUGUUGUUCCUCGUCUCUUCCUAGUCUCUGGAUAGUUAGGGAAGAGAGAGAAAACACAAACUAUUUUUCUAGGGUUUCCCACAGUGAUCGAUCAUCAUCGUCAUGUACAGAAACGCAGCUUCACGUCUUAGGGCUCUCAAGGACCGUGCUAGCAGUAGGGCGCUGACUAGGUUCGCAAGUUCAAGUGCUGUUGCCACCAAGACCUCUUCAGGGAGUUACUUUAGCUGGCUGACCGGGGAACAUUCUUCGUCACUCCCUCCUCUUAACUUUCCACUCAAGGAUGUUAUCCUCUCGCCACCACUUCCUGAUUAUGUUGAACCGGGAAAGACUAAGAUAACAACUCUGUCAAAUGGCUUGAAAAUAGCCUCUGAACCAUCGGUGGACCCUGUGGCCUCAAUUGGGUUAUAUGUUGACUCUGGAUCAAUUUAUGAAACACCGGAUUCAUUUGGAGCCACACAUCUUCUGGAACGACUAGCUUUUAAAAGCACGAAAAAUCGGAGCCACUUGCGCAUUGUGCGGGAAGUGGAGGCAAUUGGUGGCAAUGUGACAGCUGCAGCCUCCAGGGAGCAAAUGGGCUACACUUAUGAUGCUUUGAAGACUUAUGUGCCUAAAAUGGUAGAGCUGCUCAUUGACUCUGUGAGGAACCCAAUUUUCUUAGAUUGGGAGGUCAAUGAACAGAUCCUGAAGGUGAAAGCUGAGAUCAGCGAAUCCUCUAACAACCCUCAAAAUUUGCUUCUUGAGGCAAUUCAUUCCGCUGGUUAUUCUGGUGCAUUAGCGAAUCCUCUUAUGGCCUCAGAAUCCGCACUCAACAGAUUGAAUAGUACAAAUUUGGAGGAGUUUGUUGCUGAAAAUUAUACUGCUUCUCGGAUGGUCCUUGCAGCAUCGGGCGUCGAACACGAGUUUCUAGUAAAAAUUGCUGAACCACUUCUAUCUGACCUGCCUAGUGUGCCUCGCCCUGAGGAGCCAAAGUCUGUAUACGUUGGUGGUGAUUAUCGAUGUCAAGCUGGUCAAGGGACAUCUCAUUUUGCUCUUGCCUUCGAAGCUCCUGGUGGCUGGCUUAAUGAAAAGGAGGCUAUGACUUUAACUGUUCUUCAGAUGCUAAUGGGAGGAGGUGGAUCUUUCUCUGCUGGGGGUCCUGGUAAAGGGAUGUACUCAAGACUAUAUCUUCGUGUCUUGAACGAGUAUCCACAAAUCCAAUCAUUUUCUGCAUUCAGCAGCAUUUACAAUAAUACUGGACUAUUUGGAAUUCAAGCUACCACUGUAAGACACCUCUUUGAAUCUCCAGUUAUUUGGAUGGUCACAACAAAAUGUUUCUGCACGUGCAUUAAAUUUGUCUUUGGCGUAUGGUACCUGUAAUUUCACAAGUGCUGCAUCUCUUUUGAACUAUUGUCUUAGUUGGAGAUCCAACAAAGAUAGAGCUUUGAUAAGAGAAGUGCUGGCCAGGAGUUGAGAUCAUCUUGGAAUAUGAUUGAUGAUGUCACUUCCUGCAUCAGUUUUAUCUUGAAAAGGCUUCAGGCAUAGAAUCAAGGUGGUUGUAUACUUUCGUUUUUUUUAGAUUUUUAUGUUGAGAGAGAGAGAGAGAGAGGUU